AUGAAGGCCUCCAUUGACCUCAAGGCCAAUGGGGAAGUGAGUCGAAUGCGGAACCAUAGAGGGAACAUGCCUUCUCUCCCCCAGACCAAGUAUUGUUCGCUCUGUCCUGCCAAAUUUACAAGAACUACCCAUUUAAAUCGACAUCUCCGUUCACAUACCAACGAACGGUCACACAGGUGCAACGUCUGUCAUGCGGAAUUCACGAGGAGCGACUUACUCACUCGGCAUAAACGCACCUGCGGUGAUUCCAGAAAUAUGAACAAAUCGCGGCGCAAAUCGUGUCAAGCAUGCGCCGAAUCCAAAGUAAAAUGCAACUUACAAUAUCCUUGUUCCAAAUGCUCUUCCCGCGGACGUGAAUGCAUUUUUAUAAACGAUCCCGAAACAUCUAGAAAUAAAAAGCUCGCUUCCCAGAAGCCUCUCUUAUACACCGCGAUUGCAGAGCCCCCCAUCGAUGCGCACAGCACAAUAUUCCAGAGUUCUUCGGCAUCUCUCCCAUACUCAAUCCUCUAUCCGCUGGGCGCCGACAGCCCAUCCCCAACUCUAUCAUUUAACCCCUCUCUAUCGACGACCCAGCUAGAUACUACUUCUUCUGGCCUCGGACUUUUGGAAUGUUCUCAAUCCUCGUCGUCUUCCUCGUGCUCCUCUUCGCCGUCGGAUCUCUUCGAAACCCCCGUCAGCAUAGCGAGCGCCUUUGACUUGGAUUUCCAAGCCUUGGAACUCGAUCCGCAAUUGCAGUUCUUUUCAAAGGAUGGAUUUGAUGCUCCCCUUAUCGAUGACAGUAUUUCGUCCUGUUUGCCAGAGUUGGGAAUUCAUAGAGACUAUGAAAGAUGGAUCGAGGGCAAAGAUACGCGGGCUCCGUUUGGUAAUGAAGACCACCUUUCGCCAGUCUACAGUUUCCCACUGGAGAAGUCUGGGGGGAUGGUCCACGAUCUUUCGGCCCUGGAACUGCCGAUUUCAAGCGAUUCCGUAUCAGGACAUCACUUUACCACGUCCAUGCCCAUAGUACCCUAUGAUUCCUCGGCAAUACUGUAUGGCGACGAAGUUCCCACCGAGGACUUAACCCAAUACCUAUAUAUGUUCUUCUCAGCUUUUUCUGCACAAAUUCCAAUUAUCCACCGUCCAACGUGGAGGAUGGAGGGCAAGCCGGCGAUUCUGAUUCGCGCAAUGCAAGCAUGUGGCGCUCUAUUUGUGAAGGGCUUUUCGGCGUUGGAUUUCGUCAACCAGACACUGGUGGAUUCCCAAGAGGCACUUAUCCUGGAAUUCUCGAAACCUUGCUGUAGCCUCAAGGACCAGGUUUUCCUGAUAUUGGCGGCCGUUUUGUUACAGUCGAUAGGAUUGCUGAGGCCGCAGUCUCAUCAGAAUUCUUCCACGAAGAUGUAUCACGGGAUUCUGGUUCUGAUGAUCAGGAGGACGGGUUUAAUUAGGCUUUUGAGCUCCUGGACGCCUCCAGACUUGACUAGCUCAUAUAAUUUGGAUGGGAGUUGGGCGGAUUGGGCGCGUUAUGAAACGCUCAAGCGUGCGAUAUUUCUUGCGUACGUGCAGGAUUGUUCCAACUGUAUCAAUUUUUCCUCGACACCCUCGUUCCUUCCGUCCGAAUUCGAAUUAAAUCUACCAUGUGAUGAUACGUUGUGGAAUGCCGGAAGCGUCAAUGAAUGGCUCCAAGCUCUACAGACGCCCUCGCCCUAUGGAACUGGGCAAAUACGGCUAUCCGGCGUACCUGCGCAGGCCGCCUUUGUUACGCUCAACAAAGUCGGUUCUUCAGUGCCAUCCCCACCACUCAAUCCCUUUUCCCACUUCAUUCUCAUAUACACCGUCCUUCGCGAUAUAUUUUUAUAUCCGAGCCAAGACCCCUUCAUCGGUGAUUCAUAUAUAACACCAACCACCCUUUCGAGUCAGUAUCAGCUUUACAACUGGCUGCGAUUGUGGGUCGGCGGCCCGGAAGUGAAUCAGUUUGAAAAAAAUGGGUUGGAAACUCCGUUCGUUUGUGACGUGCUGCCCUUGUAUUGGCUUGCGCAUUUCUCCUUGCUGGGUAUGCAGGAUUCGACGCUGCAGACAGGUCCUUUGGAAGGCGAGGCGGGUAAUAGGUACGAUUUGUUGAAGGGUUGGCUCGACCACAUCAAAAUGUGCCUUCGAAAUGGCUCCCAAGUUUUACCCAGUCAACUGUGGCCUGAGGUUGGACCACCCCCCGAUCAGGCGCCAUUCACAAGAUCAACCUUUUCGUCCAGCCACAUACCCCGUUCCUUCGUUGAUUAG